UAGAAAUUGAUCAGUUUCAGGAAUUCAGAUUAGUUAAAUAAUCCAUAAAAGAUAUGAAUGAAGACAUUUUAUUCUAAAAGAUAAAAGUGUGUCGCUGCGUCUGGAAGAAUUUAAGAAAAUUUAUCAUUGGACAGCAUGAACGCGCUUGUUUAAGUUUCUUUGAGCGGUAAACAUACAACGGUGGAUUUUCUCGCUUAGGAUUUGAUCAUCGAUUCUGCUUGUUAUUCAUUUACUGUAUUUACUUGUCGAUUCAACCAUCUGUUUCUCUGGAUACUGUUUCGUUGAAGUAUUUAUUCCUGAGCUUCCUGCUUAUAAUGUCUGGUCAGUCACAACGUGGAAAAAUAAAGUCGAUGAGGUAAGUUCGUUUAUUUCAGCUACAAUGUGGUACAGAACACGAAAUCAGCGUAUGCCGAUUCCUGCAAAUGCUUCGCGUGCGGCACAUACACAGGUAUUGUUGAAUAAACCAAUGUGGAUUCCUUAGAAUUCUGACGAAAGUUUGGGGAUAUACGCUAAUCCCGGACUCACCUACAUCCUUGGACGUCACGUUAUAGUAAGCAUGGCUUUUAACAUUUACAUAUGUGUAGGGAAACGUAGGAGAGAUUAUAACUACAGAAAAUGAUCGUGUUAUUGGUGUCAUAAAAGCUAUUUCUCCUUCGGUAUGUCUGUUUACUCAGAGUAAUUUUUCAGGCUGAUUUGGGAUUGACGUAUGCUCAAGUUGCACAGAAAAAUGACAAAGGAACUCGUAGGAAUGUAACAGACAAAACUGUUUUGUGGUCUGAAAUUAAAAUGAUUCGAAUUCGCAAUAUAAAUAAGUCGGACUGCUUAGUUAGUAAGUGGAAUCUAUGAUUAUAUACCCCAUUCAGAUGAUAUAAAAACUGACAGCGAAAUCGCAAAAGAUUGUGCCGCUGGCAACGUUGUAGCAGAUAAAGAAUUGGUCCCUUUCUUCGCUUCAUCAGAUGGGGUCAAGGACUUUCUGCUUGAUCAAGGGAGUUUCUCAGCAGUAGAAAUGUUUGAAACGAAUGAGAAGAUGUUCUCCGUAUCUUCUACCUACAACCCGGAUUUACGAGAAUAUACGUAAGUUAUAGUUUCAACUAAUCCUAUUUGUUAGGACACCUGUCGACCGUUCUGCUCCCAACUUCUCAGAAACUGAAGCGCGCUGCGCAAAAUUGGCACAAGAUAUAACGGAAAAUUCCUCAGGAAUGGGAUUAAUGGAUGAUGAAGGCGAUAUCUGUAUGGAAAACGAAGAGGAGAAGUAUAGUGCAGUUGUUCGUCCCAGUACAACUCAGAAUGCGGCACGUAGUAUAAAGAAUAAUCAUCGUAUGAAUUCAGCGUCUCAGCCUGAGUCUACUGUUAAUAUCAGUACCCAGCUGUCUCAGGUGUGUAUUCAGUCAAAUAAGCCUAGUAAUACUGAGGCUGUACGAGUAAGUAUUUCUGUUGGAGAGGCGUUAAAGUCAGAUGGUAACCCUCAAAUUAAUGGUGUAUCCAAAGUAUGCAUUCAAAGUGAAAAAGAUAAAACUAAACAGAUCCAUGAUCAACCGACGGAAGUAUCAACUCCUGUAUGUGUGUGCACAACAGCAUCAUGUGUGAAAAGCAGUACAUCAGAUGCACCUGUGACAUCCAGUACCAAAGUUAGUACGACAGAGGAGCGAGUAAAAAAGUCAACUCUAGAUCCAAAUGCUCCAGAGUUUCAGCCAAUGGGAUUGUCUUAUACCUCACAUUCGGUGGCUAAUAUGGCUCAAACACUCCAAUCAGGUUUACCACCAUUUUCUGCUCAAAGCAUACAAAUUCCACAGCAUUAUGUAUCCACUAUGAAUGUUAUCUCUCAAGCUCCUCCACUACCUGGGCAGACAGCAUUUAUUGCUGCAGGUCAGCACAUGUACGCACCUUUCCAAUAUACGCAUCAGGCACAGGUGCAGCAGAUGUUACCUCCAGUUUGCUCCAGUGGUCCAGGCACAAAUCAACAAAUUAGGGGGAGUUCAUUGCCGCCGUCUAUGAAUCAACAAAGUUACACUAAUCAUGGUCACAAUAUGUUGCCUCAAAUGGGGCAGGGUGUUUCUCUGGGACAGAUUAUUACAUCUCCUCAAGUUAUAAGUGGUCAUAAUUCUGCAGGUCGCCUUUCCGUAUGUCCUUCGUCUUCCGUUAGUUUGACUCGUCAGCGUUCAAAUGAUUCUCCGUCUUCAGUAACUCACUGCACGUCAUACGCUAUCCAGCAGCCAACAAUGUCUAUACCUGCGUUCCAGUCACAAGCAGUCUACCAGUUACCUCAACCGAAUGGUGCAUUUUUUGUGUCAAGUCAUCCCCAAAUGGGAGUACAUAUCCUAUCGGGAUUACCUACCGCUGUCAGUUCUGGUCUGAUGGUUGGUGGUGUUCAUGUCUCACAAGCUUCUAACCAGCAAGUAUGUCCAACUCACACAUUGAUGCAGAUGCAGCCUGCACACCUACAAGUCCCUGUCGGACAGUCAGAUCAAGGCACUACUCCAUCAACUACGCCUCAGCAAACUUCGCAAUCUCAACAACUAUUUCCUCAGCAGUUCCAAGAACACUCUCACCCUAUCCAAAUACCUGCAUACGCGAAUGUCCCUGCUCAGUAUCAGCAUAACUUGGUGUUCGCCCCACAACAGAACCCACCUGCUUUCUAUCCCACAGCACCUGCAAUGGUAGCAGGUCCGGGAACAGUAAGUCAUGUUACUGGUCUAUCCCCAAUUGUCGGUCAACACAAUCAUUCUUUGAAUGCUAGCAUUCCACACCAAUCAAACCAAACAGAUCCUGCAUUAAUGACUUCCCAACAAAUACAACAGUCACAUAUGAUACCCCAACCAAAUUGCCAGCCCCAGCAGUUUAUGCAGCACUAUCCAGCAGUUGCUCAAGCUCAGCUACUCCAAGCGCAACAACUCUCAGCUGCUCAACACAUGGGCAAUCAACAUCUCCCUAACAACUACCCGUACCAUGCUUUGAUUGCUGCUAUGGCAGCGGGAGGUGCAGCAGCUGCUCAGACUCACUAGGUAUAAUUGGGUUAUUUGUUAGGAUGCUGGUGCCGAUAUAUUUAUCUCCGUGUUCCGACAAAUUUGAAUCUACCCAAUGCCUUUCAUUUCCGAAUGCAAAUCGAAUGAUACUUCCUGAUGUUUUAGACCAUAUUCAGUUUGAUCUUUGAAAACAGUAUAGGUGUUAUCGAUUAUUAUAAUCCUUCCUAUUUGCCUAUUUCUGCAGAUCAACAUCUUUAGAGUUAAUGUAUGAAGUAUGGAACUGCAAGAAGCAUCGUCAGUUUUUCUGUUCAAUUCUUGUAAAGAUUGCUUGUGUGCACCAUUUAGUGAAUAUAUUCCAAUAUACUGAGCAAGUCCUAUAUUUUUUGAUGAAAUAUUUGUUUUCAAAGUUUAUUGUAUGUGGAGUGGAAUUACGGUAAGCGUGUCAAGUGCUGUAAGAUGAUAUUUAGGUUUGCACAUUGUUAAUGAGGUACCAAGUAGUUCACACACCCUCUGUGUAGAAACCAUAUCGUUUUUGUAAGGUAAUGUCAGUGUAAAUAUUUUUCCAGGUUGUUUUCUUAACGUUAAAUGCGAUUGAUUGUUGCAGUAUUUAACAUCUAAAAAUGAUUUUCCCAUCUCCAUAUAUGAAUUCGGUAGAAUUUUGUGACAUGGACAUCCUAAAUAUAUUGUGCAAACUAGCUGCAGAAAUAGGUUUGGACAAAUCUACUUACUGUAUGUACAUAUAUUAGUGGCUGAAAGAUUUUUUCAGUUGGGUAGUCAGUGCCAUAUAAGUCCCGUAGAAUUUACUGCAAAAUACACUAAUUUAAGUGGAUGGUAAGUUUCUCCCAAUUUUGUGGCUUCUGCAGUCCACUCAUAAAUACCUUAUAG